AUGUCACGUGAAACGACGAAGUUGCCAGGUCGUGACACUCGGCACGAUUGUUCGCAAAACAACAGGAUAUGCAAGCUGCUGCUGUCGGAGUACUAUGAGUUCCUCGAGACAAUCUUGGUGGAAUCACCGUUCGCGGAGACCACGAGGAAUGGACGUGGGUUGCGUCAAGUUGCUCUCGGUCUCACACCAACCAGGUUGAUCGUCGCUGCUGACGUUCUUCAGCCUAAUCCCGGCUUCUUUUGCCCGCUUGGUAUCGACGCGAGUAUCGAGAGCUUUGAACUUGUGUCCGUAUAUCCGCUGGAGUACGUUCAGCUGAGCGUAUUCGGGAGGAGACGUCGCAGAACUCUAAAGGCAAGAUUCAUCAACGGUCGCGCUAAUUAUUACGAGCUCGGUGGUGUGAAGCGUAGACUUCACUGGAAGAUUUGGUGCGAGCAGGUGCGGAGAUUGUUGGCGCGCAAGAUGAAUGGUAGUUCGUUAUCCGAAACGACGGCGGCGAGCUCGUCGAGCAGCAGCGCGUUGUAUCUAUUGUCGUCAGAGAUCGAAAUCGAGGAUAAUUGCGACACGAGAUGCGCGAAGCCAAUAUUCAGGAUAUGGACACGCUACGGAGGUGCCGGUGACUACGUUACACCCACUUGGACGGAGAAGGAUUUGUAUCUCGGGCCGUCUUUCAAUGAAUUGGUAAACGGUCAUUACACACCUGUCCCGAUAAGAUUCGCUGGGAUCAGCUUGGAGGACCUCAAGUACGAGCUGAAGGACUACACGCCGUGUCGCGUCGCUUGCGAGAGAUCUUGCCACAGUUGGCCGUGUCAAACGAAGUUCGGCAGGCGGGCGAAAUCGCAACGCGACAGCGGACUGUGCAACGUUAUCUUCGCGAGAAAUCACAAUGCGCGUCGUUGUGAGCAUAUCGUGAGCUGCAAAAAGCGCCAGAAUUUGCUGUCCGAAGAGGAUUUCAGGAAGCACACGGAGAAAAAGCAUGAAAGACGUUCUCAACAACAUAGGAAAGGAUUCUUGACGUCGAAAGUGUCGCGUUUCGGCUUCGGUGUGCCGGAGAAAUGCCACUCCGGACUGAUACUCGGGCCUUUUCGUGGUGAUCCGGAUUACAUCCAGGCUUCCAAGGUCCCCGCGCAUCGUGCUAUUGACCCUUACGAGUUGAUCGAGAGCGGUGUAACGGUGUGGGAGGGUGGCCGCGAAUCGUCCAAAAACCAAAAACAUCCGAGGAGAUACGCCUUCGCUUCGGCGGCGCACUUCCUUUACGCUCUUGGACCGUGGUCUGUGCAACCCGGCGAGCGCGAUUCCGUGCAGACGUUGCGAUCAUCGAGCGUGGUCAAUAUUCGCAAACAGUCCUCGGAUCCGGAAUUAAGAUUACCUUUCUCGCGUCGUCAAUUGACAGCCAGUGUCUCCUACGCCGCUUUAACGUCUGGUGGCAUCGUUGGCACUGUCACCAGAGGACGAGUGACGCUAUUUUGGACACCCGAGUACUGGUAUAGACCUCAAGCAGCGGCGGCCGCCUACAGAGAGCUGAGAAAUCACUUGGCGUCCCUCCAAGAUUUCCGUCGUGGGAAAGAGAAGCGGGCGAGGAGGAAGUUCUUCGGCAGACGAGGAGGUCAGGGUUCAGAGGAGACCGGUAAUUCCGAGGUCACAAUGGUGACGGGAAAGUCGAGCGGUUUCCUAGAACGCAUGUUGUCCAUCAAUGGUGCGCGUAAACGUGACAAAACAACGAGAGAGAAUGUGGAUGUGGACAAAAGCACGAAACAAUUGCGGAGACUAUUAAGGAUGAACCUGCGCGUCACCGCGUGGGACCUCGACAGUGGCACGUUAGCGACGCAACUGACGAUGAUCGAUCGCGAUCUGUUCGUACGGAUCCCCGUGAACGAGAUCGAGGUCUUGAUCUACCAAAGAUCGUCCCGCAACGCGCCAAAUCUGGGCGCGUGGAUCGCCUUCAGCCAUAGGAUCGCUUGUCUGACCGUCAGCGAGAUCCUUGCGACUAAGAAGCUCGACAUGAGGACCAGGAUCAUGGCGAGGUUCAUCAAUGCUGCCGAAAAAUGUCUCGCGUUGGGUAACUUUCAGUCGUGCAGGUCCCUCUUGGCCGGUCUUCAGGCUCCGCCGAUUCACAGACUCCGAAGAAGCUGGUCCUAUUUGCGAACUCAUCAUGCUAGCAGAUAUGAAUCGAUGGAGAAGCUUUCCAAGAUUUAUAAGAGUUCACGUUGUUCAAAAUAUCAGAGAACUUGGGCCGCAGCGGAGCGCAGACCACCUUCUAUGCCGUACGUUGGGCACUUUUUAGUCAAAAUUCUCGGAUUAAAUAGUUUGCGAGAAAUCCGAACGAAUGCUGCGUCACCUACGAGGAAACAGUCAAUUGUUAAAAUUGCUUACACUUCAUCUUUAACCGUCAACAAUAAUGUCGCUGAUCUUUGCUUGAAGGAUGAACAAAGUUUAAUGGAACCCAAGCAAUGUCUAGCCAGACGCUUUUUCGCGGCGACAUUAGCCAGGAUAAAGUUCACGACGCGCAAAAACAUCGUUAACGAGAUUGAGAACAAUGUUUGGACACUUAGGCAACGCUAUUUAGCGCGCAAGUUCUUCUACCGUUGGAACAUCAUUACGUUAGCAUCGAAAACGCGUAUUGAGGACGAAAAAAGAUCAGCGAAGAAUGCAGACUCAAAGAGCAAACGGGUUCUCGAUGUUGCUGCCUGGUUGACAGACUGUCAGAGGUCCGCGCAAACUUACAAUUUUCCGCUGCACUCGUUUGCACAUGAAUUUCUCUUAAAAGCGCGUUACAGAGAAGAUCGCGAGAAUUUCUUUAUCAGUCUUAAGCUGGAACCGCCAACGGUAAACAAAAUAUAACCCCUUAAAGCUUGACGUUUAAUGAUAAAACACAAGAUUUUUCAUCGAAAUUCGAUAAGAAUUAAGUACAUUGUUCUGUUCUUAUGGAUCAGAAGAUUACAUAUUGGACACAGGACACUAUUACAUCUAACGUAAUGAAAUACCUUUAAAACAUUGAACGUUAUCGGUUGUUUAUCUAUAGCUUUAAACUCUCCUCACAUAAAACAAUGAUCCUUAGCCUUUAUUCAGUAUUAUAUAUACAUAUAUUUGUGCAAAUAAUUUAUAUACCUUUA